AUGUCUCGCCCUGCUCUUUCUGUCAUCAAAAUGCCACCUAAUGAUUCUGUUCUGGGAAACAAUUUAUCAGAAACCUCAGUAGGAAAAGUCACUCAGCGUGUUGUUUUAUUUCCAAAACAGAGUACUGCAGGAAGUCAACUGGUUUGGCGUGGUGGUUGUUUGCAAAGUAUUCUGAGUGAUGUGUCUAGUCAGAACGAUCAUUAUGUCAUUGGACAACCAAGCAUUAGCGUUGAAGAAAACUCGCAAAGGAAAACAAUUGACAAGGCUUCUUUUGAAAAUAAACCCUUUCCGUUGUCGAUGCCAAUCAUUUGGAAUCAGAGUCAACAGGAUACCGCUGGCGAAAUAACCUAUAACCUAGAUCCAAAAGGUAGAAACCUAAAAAGAUCUAGAGAUGAUUUCAAUCCCAAUAAUCCUGAAAGUGACAGUGAAUCAUCCGAAGGAAAAUCAUCUGCAAAAGUUCGGGCAACGAAACCUCGUAAUCGAGGCCAAACGAAACGUUCGAGCCGAAAAAACCCAAAACCAGUGCAACCUCUUCUGAUAAACCUACGAGCCUUUCAUCCACCAGGAAAUUUAUUGCUUCCUGCUCUUGAUCUGAUUUCCAAGUUCGACGGUUUAGCUUCAUUUGAAGCGGAAAAAUUGGUUACAAAUACUGCUUUCAGUGGCCUGCCUACUAUUUCUGAAGAGAAUGUAGAGGAAGCAUCAACAACAGCUAAUUCUUCAUCUGCACCAACUACUGGUCGAAUGAAGAGCAGUGCGGGAAUAAACGAUAUUGAUUUUGAGGAAUUUAAACACUACAGGCGCCUGAAUGGUUAUUCACUCUUUGUACAUGUGAAUAAAAAAAAGUAUGAAUCCUUUCCGGGGUCUACACCGAUUGAUGACAUAAAUGAUUCUAAUGAUAACCAAACUGGUUUGAGUGCAACUGGUUCAGGAAAGGAUAAUCAGAAGUCAUCCAACCGUAGAUGGCAGGCUUUAUGGUUGACAAUGCCAGAGAAAGUUAAACGAGAAUGGAAAAACAAGGCAAAACGUCUUUUGAAACAAAUCGAACAGCAUGGAAAACGUGAAGUGUUCUCAGAAGAUCGAAAAAUCAAGGAACGUGAUCGAUUAGAAGUCCAAUUAGGCCGCACUCAAACAACGUCGUACAGUCUACUUGAUCUGGCUGCUCAUUUUCAAUUGUUAAGCGACCGGUUCUCAGUGUUUUCUAAGAAUGUCAAUGAUUAUGAGGGACCAAUAGACCCAGUGGGUGUUGAAUCCUUACUACUAGAUGGAAUUCUAACAUGUUUAAUCCCAUUGAUCGCUUUAGCUGGUGAAUUGGAAACAUUUUCAGAAGUUCCUGAUCGUAAAACUAUAUGUGAUGCUUUAACCAAUUUAACCUUUAUUGCUCCAUUCUAA